CAAUGAUUUAUGGCAAAAAUAUAAUAGUUAAUUGGCGAAGUAUGUUGUGCCGAUAUAACCAGCUCAUUUAGUGUUUGAUUCAAAAUCACCAUUUGGAAUUUCGGAAGUUCGCAAAUGGAUGGAUUUACAGGUGUGGAUUUCAAGAAAGGGCUCUCGCGAUUUGUGCAGACGCUGCUCGAUUCCUCGUCGAAGUUAGUAGAAGUGGAACCAGUUUUUGAACCAAAACCAGCUCCCGAUGUAGGUCAGUUUACGUUAGAAGACGUCAGCUUCCACUCCGAUGCGUCAUCAUGUUGGAUUGUGAUUGCCGAUAAAGUAUAUGACGUCACGGACUUUUUGCAUACGCAUCCAGGAGGCGAGGAAAUAAUUCUGGAGAACGCAGGAUCGGACGCGACCAUUUCAUUCCAGUCAAAGGGCCACUCCGCGUCUGCGGUCGACACGAUGGCGAAAUACUGCAUAGGCGAGUUGGUUCAGGCAAGUACGCGUGCAAUAAAUCAUAAUGUAAACGGCUUAUUGGUUCUAUGCGGGCUUUCACGCCAAUGACGAGUUAGUUAAAGUAAAAACGCGUUCUUUAUCGACCAUGGCGAGUUGGUGCAGGCAAGUAAUC